CCAUUCAAAUCGAAGCAACGACACAAAAAACCUAAAAUAUAGUUUGUACACACUGGCCAAUUAAAAACUAAAACGUGUGCGUGUGUGUGUGUUGUGCAACACUGGGCAUUUAAUUGGCUUUCGAAAUGGAGCAAACGCAACCGAAGAAAAAGUACAAAAAGAAACGGCGACCACGUUGCCUCAUCUUUGACAUGGUGGCCUUGCCACCGCAUCCAUCGACGCGACCCGAAGACAAUGGCGCCUUGUUUCGUCGCAUAUUCAUAGAAGUGAAAAGGCCGUUCGACAAGCGUCUGAUGAUCCAGAUUAUGUUCAAUGGACCCUCCGAUCCAGCCUUCCAUUCGCUUGUCGGACAAUUCGCUCACAGCGCAGCGACGGCGGACGCGCAGCUUGCCGCUCACACACCCCAAGAGGCGGCCGCCAUAAAGGCGGCGUCAUUGAAGGCAGCGGCUGAGGCGGAGGCAGCGGCGAGCAGCACAACGGACAGCGAAGCGGAAUCCGAAACGGACAGUGAAGCGGAAUCCGAAACGGACAGCGAAGCGGAAUCCGAAACGGACAGCGGCGAAGACACGAGCUGCAAUAAUAAUGCAAAAUAAAAGAAGCAUGCUAAACUGCGACUUUCAAGUCGUGUUGGCAACACUGCACACCGAACAAUGAACACUGAACACUGAUUGAUAGAGCGUAAAUCGCAAUGGGAGCCCAUAACAGUU